AAGAACGCCAAAAAAUGGCCUCGACCCGCUUACCACCAAUACCGGAUAACUUCUCCGGCGACGGUGGUGACGACGGAAAGGAAGUUUCAGCCGUUACGGUAGACGACUCUUUUACCAGUACUAGAGGCUCAUGGAAACACGCUGCGUUCCACGUCGCAACCACCAUCGCUACUCCUGCCGCUUAUGCUCCGCUCCCCUUCGCCGUCUCUUCUCUCGGAUGGCCUCUAGGAGUGCUAAGUUUGGUGGGUGCAACCUUAACUACAUGGUACUCGAGUAUUUUGAUUGCUUCUCUAUGGAAAUGGGAUGGGAAGAAGCACACCACUUAUAGACAUCUUGCUCGUAGCAUUUAUGGAAAAUGGGGUUACUGGUCUAUUGCAUUUUUCCAGCAGGUGGCUUCUUUGGGCAACAAUAUCGCCAUUCAAAUUGCUGCUGGAAGUAGUCUUAAGGCAGUGUACAAAUACUACCAUGAAGAGGGUAGUUUAACACUUCAACAUUUUGUUAUCUUCUUUGGGAUCUUUGAAUUUGUUCUUUCUCAACUUCCAAACAUUCAUUCCUUAAGAUGGUUGAAUGCUGUUUGCACUUUUAGUACUAUCGGGUUUGCUGGAACAACCAUCGGUGUAACAAUCUACAAUGGGAAGAAGAUUGAUAGAAGAACCGUAAAUUAUAGUCUCCAUGGAAGCUCUUCGGCAAAGGUGUUCAAAGCCUUCAACGGUCUCGGGAUUAUUGCAUUUUCGUUCGGCAAUGCCAUGCUUCCAGAAAUACAGAGUACGGUCCGAGAACCCGUGAAGAAAACUAUGUAUAAAGGCAUAGCAGCUGCAUACAGCAUCAUUCUAUUGAGUUACUGGCAGUUGGCCUUUCUUGGCUACUGGGCAUUCGGUUCGGGAGUCCAUCCAUUUAUCGUUGCUUCUCUUGAAACCCCAGAAUGGACAAUCGUUAUGGCAAAUCUUUUUGCUGUCAUCCAAAUAUCUGGUUGUUUUCAGAUUUAUUGCAGGCCGACAUACGCCUACUUUGAGGAAAAAAUGGAAUCGAACGAACCAACCCAUCGAUCCCCUCUCCGAAACCAUCUUCUACGCCUUGUAUUCACCUCACUUUACAUGGGUCUGAUAACCCUCGUGGCUGCAGCCAUGCCAUUUUUUGGCGAUUUCGUGUCGAUAUGUGGAGCCAUCGGGUUCACCCCACUUGACUUCGUGUUUCCCGUAUUAGCACAUCUGAAAGCGGGAAGAAUGCCAAAGCAUUCGAGCCCGAAAGUGAUUCUGAACGUUGUUAUUGCCACUUGGUUCUCAGCCGUUGCGGUUAUGGGUUGCAUUGGUGCCGUUAAGUUCAUUAUUGAGGACGUCAAGACUUACAAGUUCUUCUAUGACAUGUAAGCAUAUGCAUAAAUAUUCAUGAUAUUAGUUACCAAAAGAGUCGUUGGUCCAACAAUAUCUGAGUUACAGGUAGAGUUCAACCUCUCAGGAGUUACUAGUGCAUCAAUAUUUGUCGUAUAUAAAUGUUAUAUACUUUAAAAAACAAUCAUGAUAUUAAUGACAAAGUGUCAUUGACCAGCA